CACAGUCAGUGGAACUUCGCAUUUCAUCUGCUUCACUGUUUGGAGGAAACUCCUGCUUCUGAACUAAUUCUGUGUUCAGUAACAUGGCCAGCAAGAAAACCAUUGCAGUGUUUGGAGCAACAGCCUCUCCCGUGCUUCCUCUCCCCCAGUGGCUUCGGCAAAGCUACCUCCAAAGAUGCUGUGAGAAACCUACUUUGAAAACCACUCUUUCAAGCCGUGGGGAUACCACCCAAAGAGCUCAGGGCGGCUCUGUGGCCAGGGCCAUUUUGGAGAGCAAAAAGUUCAAGGUGAGAGCCCUGAUCAGGGAUGAGACCCGACCAAACGUGCAGAUGCUUCGGGAACUUGGGGCUGAGUGGGUAAAAGGGGACCUGAACGACAAAGCAUCGGUGGAGGCUGUCUUGAAAGGAGCCUAUGGGUCCUUCAUGGUGACCAACUUCUGGGACGAUUUCAGCAAAGAGAAAGAAGUGUUUCAGGGAAAGCUGGUGGCUGAUACUGCCAAGAGCCUGGGUCUGAAGCACGUGGUGUACAGCGGCCUGGAGAAUGUCUGGCGCCUGACGGGCGGUAAGCUGGAGGUGCCGCACUUCGACGGCAAGGGAGAGGUGGAGGAAUAUUUCUGGUCCAUUGGCGUUCCCAUGACCAGUGUCCGCAUAGCAGCUUACUUUGAAAACUUCCUCGGCCCGUGGAAGCCAGUGAAAGCCUCUGAUGGAGAUUACUACACCCUGGCACUGCCUAUGGGGGAUGUACCGAUGUAUGGUAUCUCUGUUGCUGAUGUUGGAGUGGCCGUCUGCAGCAUUUUUAAUUCUCCAGAAGAGUUUAUAGGCAAGGCGGUUGGUCUCAGUGCAGAAGCCCUAACGAUACAACAAUAUGCUGAUAUCUUGUCCAAGAGUAUGGGGAAAGAGGUUUGAGAUGCAAAGGAAAGGAGGUGAGCCUCUACUCUGGGGCAGGCAAUCAGAGGGGCUGGGAGCAGCUGAGCAAGGUAGCAGUGCUUGUGUGAAGGAUGUGGCGACCUGGGAUCUGGCUCAGAGGAGGAGGUUAAGCAAUGCGAAACAUCAGCCUGAUGUCCCCAGGCAUCGAGUGGUAAGUAUUCGUUGAACAAAUGAUGUUGAGGUUAUUGCAGACAAAUUUGGAUUCCUGGACAGGGGAAUCACAGUCAAUUUGAGGACCACGCUUGUUUCUGAAGGGUGCUCUCCUUAUCCCCCAAGCCAUCAACUGGAGCAGCUCAAGCUCUCAACCCUGGGAAACAGGCCUGGAUAAAUUUCUAAAAAGGGAAAAGAACAACAAAACUCUAAACUAAAAAUAGGUGAUUUAUUACUUGUCUGGGUAGGCCAGGCAGGAAGAAUGGCUGCUGUCUCCUAAAUAAGCCUAAAUUCGAGUGUCUGCAGGCUGGCAGGUCCCUGGCCCCUAUGUGUGCUCACUGGUGUGGCAGGCUGGUUCUUCCAGCCUUUGGGACAAGGCUGGGGUAGCCCUGGGAUGGUUUCCCUAUUCUUCCUGGAAAGCACAAGAAAUCCUUCCUGUGUUUAGAAGCAGAUUUUACAGUGGCCGACUUGAAACCAAACACCCUUUUAGGGGCCUUGUUUGCAUCUCACACCACCAAUAAGUGGAAAGAGCUGUUACAGUUAGUCUAAAACAUUUCAGUAUUUGUUGACAGUAGAUGAGGGACUCCACCACCACCUUCUCGUUUCUCUGCCUACAAUCUCCAGGCUGAGGGAGAGAAAAGCUUCCCUUCCGAGUUGCUCAGAGUAGAGGCUUGGGGAUCCUAGAGAGGCACAGACAGGGGAGAUGGGGUUCCACAGUGAAUGGAACCACCACCUGUGGUCCAGGGAAUGGGUUGGGUAGGGGUGAGAGUAGAGGUGAUGGGGAAGUAGGGAUACAGAAGGAGGUAUACUCUGAUAUUAGAAGUGUUUCUAGAAAUGUAAGCUAUGAAUGAAGUCAAAUGUGCUGGAUUUGAUUCCUGCCUCUGCCACUGACUAGUUGUGUGAAUUUGGGCAAGUCUCUUAAUUUCUCUGGGCUUUAGUUUCCCCAUCCUCACAAGGGGCUGCUGGAAGGGCUACAAAGUUAAAAGAGUAAAAAAGUGGGAGUUCCUGCAACAGUAUCCCCUGCGUCUUGUAGUGAUGGGAUGCAGGUUCGACUCCAGGACCUGUGCAGUGGAUUGGGGAUCCUGUGUUGCCACCACUGCAGCUUGGGUUGAAACUACAGCUUGGAUCUGAUCCCUGGCCAGGAAACUCCAUAUACCUUGGGGCAGCCAAAAGGGGGGAAAAAUAAAAAGAAAAAAAAAGGCUUAAAAAUGCUCUACAGUCUUCGGCAGAGAGUACAUGCUAGGUAAAUAGUAGCUGCAAUUAUUACUGAGAAUGAUUUGUGCCCUUGCCUCCUUCAUACAGCACCCUGAGUUCUGAGGUGCCCAUGGAGUGUUCUGGGUCUCCCCAUGACCUGCCAUCCACUCGUGGCCUCCUGGACCACAGAUUCACACUCACCACCCUCAGCCGUGGCGGGGGCGGGGGGGGGGGGGCGCCGCUGGUCCCUGCCAGCUCCCUUUACCCACCACUAGAUGGCAGGACAAGUCUAGCAUCUAGUAUAAGAAAAUGUUGCUCCAACCUUAUCCAGGGGGAUUUCUCCAGAGGCUCCCUUUGAGAACAAGGCUCCAGGAGACAGCUAUAUGGUGCAAAUUACAGCCCUUCAGUCUCUCUCAGCCACCCUCUAUGGCCAUUUCAACUUACGUGUGCUGGACAUCUUCCCUGUGCCUGGUACUGUGGGAUUAUGUGCCUUCUCUGUGCCUGGUUUGGGAUUAAGGAAAGGAAAGGAAGAGUCGGGGGUAUUAUCCAAAAACUCCAGCACUGUCCUAACCCAUGCAGUGGGAGGCCCUCAGGUCUAGGAUGAGGUUUCUAUGGAAAGGGGGCCUGAGGCCCCUGCACAGAGCUGGGCCCCCAGUGGGCGGAGACUGGAUCUGGCUUGGCGCCUGCAUCUGGCUUCUCCACCGCAUCCUUUCUCCCACCCAGGGGACCCUUCCAACUCUGAUGUCCCACCAAACUGUACAAGGGGCAGAGACAACUCCCCGAAAGGAAACCUGGGCACUGUUAGGAAAAGGAAGUGCCUGCUGGGCUAAGCAGUGUGCCCUCCAAAGUAGCUGUUCCCUGGCAAUGGAAUCAACUCCUGGACUCCUCUGAGAAGUGAACAGGAAGGCAAGAGCAUAAACUUUAAAACACCCCAGAGUAUAAGUUGUUAGCGCAUUUCUGAAGGGCUACUCAGUUAACUGUUGCAAGAGGACUAAAAAUGUGCACACCCUUUGACUUGGCAAUACUUCUAGGAAGCUAUUUUAAGUAAAUGAACACAAAUAUAGAUAAAAUAAAAUUUCCAGGAUUUUAUAUGGAAGUGCUGUUCAGAAUAAAAAAAUAGAAAUAAGCUAAAUGUUCAGCAUUAAAGGAAUAGAUAAAUUAUUAAAUGCUUUUAAAAUUCUCUUAAAAUUUAAAUUCUUUAAGACAAGAAUUUGUAAAUAACUUUACUGAAAAAAAGCUUACUAUGUUUUCAAUGAAAAAUGUUGGAUGUAAGGAGUUCCCUUGGUGGUGCAGUGGGUUGAUAAUACAGUUUUAUCACUGCUGUGACACAGGUUCGAUCCCUGGCCUGGGAAUUUCCGCAUGCCAUGGUUGCGGCCAAAAAAAAAAAAAAAAAAAUGUUGGUUGUAAAAUAAUGUUAAUAUAGCUUAGUUCCAAUUGUGUAAAGUAUAAAGUACAUAGUUAAAUAUUGAGAGAAAUACCACCAGAAUGGUAAGAGUGGUUUUUAUUGAAUAAUGAGAUUUUGAUUGGUUUCUACUUUCUCCUUUCAAGUUUCUCCUUUCCUCCAGUUUUCCAUAAUAAAAACAUAUUAAUUAGAUAUUGAAAUUUUAUGUUACAAAGUUACUUUCUUUUUUUUUUGGCUUUUUUUGGGGGGGACCCUCACACCCGCAGCAUAUGGAGCUAGGGGUCCAAUCUGAGAUACAGCUGCUGGCCUAUGC